AUGAGCCGAUUUUGUCUUACCUUUUUAUUUAUUAUAUCAUUUGUGAGUGCUGAUGUUUAUCUGCAUUUUCCACCGGGCUCGAACGAUCGAGUUAAUGAAAACACAGCGGAUCGUACAAAUGAAAAUAAUGCAUUUAAUUCUCAGAAUAAUAAUAAAGGUGGUUACAAUGUUCCUGAUGCUACUGCUCAGUCGUAUGGUACAAAUGCAUCACUUCAAUAUUAUCUUCAAUUCUUUCAAAGCGGUACAACCGGUGCGACAGUCUUACGUUUUGUUUGGACUAAUCAACAUGGUUGUGGUGGCAAUGAAGAGACAAAUUCACCGAAACAAGUAUGUAAUCUUAUUCUUCAGUACAUGUGUCAAGAUGAUGAUAUCGACGACAAUAAUCUUGAUAAAUUUCGUAAUGGAGUCAACACAGUAUCUCAAGAUUAUACGCGAACAAAAACUUCUGAUGCAGCUGGUAAAUUAGCUGAUGUUAAUACAACACGUCGACUUCAUGAAUCAUGGAAUUAUUAUGAUCGAUGCUAUAAUCGUGAACGAAACAAAGGACUUUUCACGGCUGAUAAAAAUUUACAAGGUAAUGGAGCUAUUUACACUCGGCAAAAUAGUGCAGGUACCAAAUACGGUUAUGAAUGUCCUGAAGAACGAGAUUAUUGGCCUUAUAUUAGCCCAUGGGCUGAUAUAGCAACUUUAACAAGUAAUACCGAUUUGUGCAGUUUUUAUCAACAAGAAAGUUUUAAUGUAAAGCCUAGAUACGAUUGUAUUGAAAUACUAAAUAAUGUAAGAACAUCAUCAAAAUAUAAUAAUGCAGGCAAUUGUACAGCAAAUGGUGGUCGAUGGUCAUUAUUAUAUUCUUAUCUUGAAAAAGCUUCAGCAUACACAACACAAUCAUCAUGUGAACGAACUUCAUCAAGCCAAUAUCAAUACAAAUGGGCAAUUCCUCAUGAUACAAUGACAGGAACAGCAGAAUGCCUUGUACUCCUACCUCAAGAAGGUCCAUCGUGUGGUCAAGCAUAUUGGUCACGAUCGAACUAUCUUGGAUUAAACUCUGAUGCUGAACAAUUAACGUAUAGUUGGACUCUACCCAGUUUUCCAUCAAAUAACGUUAAACGGUGUAUAGCUCGCAUCCGUUAUAACAUUUCAACAUUCGAUUAUGAUUUGUAUAAUAUUAAUGCCAGUAGUAAUGGAGCUAAAUCGCCAGUUAAAGGUGAUCCCGUUGUUACUGUUGAUGUUGGUAUCAAAUUACAGAUAAAUUUGAAUACAAAUCAACUUGGACGAACAUUUCAAGAUCGAACACAUAUUUUCAAAAUUUUACCAAGACCAAGCGGUAUCGGCGAUAGUGAAAAUAUCUAUAAUUGGAAUAUGCUAGGCAAACGUGGAAAUAUUGUUCAAACUUAUCCAGCUGUUGAAUAUGAUUUUACGCCAAGAAAUCUUGAAAUUAACAGAAACGAUCUCAUUCAUAUACAAUGGGCAGGUUCAAAUACGCAUAAUAAUGAAGGUAAUUCUGAUGGAGAACCUGGUGCUGAAGGGCAAGGAAAUCCGGGAACCGAUCGAUCAAAUCUUGUAGAAAUUCGAGAUCGCGAUGAAAAUUAUCCAUAUCCAUAUGAACAAACAACAUUUUGGAAGAAUGUCAAUGUUCGUUGGAGCCCAAUGAAUAAAUCCAAUGAUAAUAUUCGAAAAGAUGAUCUUGCUCUUUAUUUCGCUUCAUCUGGUUAUUACCGUUGUCAACGUGCAGCUGAUUGUACAGGAGCGAAUAGCCCCUAUACACUUGGAAGUCAAACAAAACAAUUAGACAGUCUUCUCGACGUGGCUUCAGCUUCAUUUGCAGGCGCUGUAUUAAAAGUCAAUCCAGGUACUUAUUAUAUGAUGUGUACAAGAAAUAAUAACUUCAGCAAUCGUGCUCAGAAAGGAACAUUAACUGUAACUUGA